AUGGAGAUUCAUAGAGGACCAAUUAUAGAUGAAGUCCAGCAAUAUCUCGAUGCUAGAUGGAUUUGUGCUCCCGAGGCUUUAUGGAAAAUCUUCAGAUUUACAAUCUAUCGAAUGAAUCCAGCUGUUGAAAGAUUGCAAAUUCAUUUACCAAAUCGACAACAAGUGCGAUUUUAUAAGCACCAAAACAUCAAUGACGUGUUGAAUGAUGAUAACAACUCCAAAACCAUGCUCACACAAUUUUUUGCACUCAAUCAAAGAGAUCCCCAAUCUAGAACAUUUUUGUAUCGGGAAAUUCCAGAGCAUUAUUGUUGGAAUAAUAGACAUAAGGAAUGGUAUCCAAGAAGGUCAAACAAGAAAGUUAUCGGCCGAAUGUAUACUGUAUCUCCUUCUGAAGGAGAUAAGUUCUUCUUGCGGGUUUUGCUUUCUCACAUAAGAGGACCAACCAGUUGGGAAUAUCUAUUAUCACCAAAUGAAACAUAUUGUCACACAUUCAAAAAGGCGGCUGAGAAAUGGGGCUUUUUAGAAAGUGACAAUAGUAUUCAUGAAUGCUUAGUUGAAGCAUCAACUUUACAAAUGCCAUAUGCUUUACGAAGACUAUUUGUGACCAUAUUACUUUUUUGUGAACCAACUGAUGUUAGAAGCCUUUGGAAUCACUUCCACACCUAUAUGCUAGAAGAUUAUACUUCAACCAACACUUCUGUCAAUGAGAACUUGAUUCCUAUGUUAUUGAGGGAUUUAAAUGACCUUUUAAUUCAGCAUGGUAAAACAAUCAAGGAUUUUGAUUUGCCACCUUUAUCUUAUGAUGCAUUGGCAACUACUUCAGUACCAAGAAUUAUACAAGAAGAAUUAUCAAUACAGAUACCUACUGAAGAUGUUGACAAUGUACACAAAUUGAAUCAUGACCAACUCAUUGCCUUCAAUACCAUUUUAGAUGUAAUCAACCGUAAUCAAAGUCAAGUCUUUUUUGUGGAUGGACCAGGCGGAACCGGUAAAACAUUUCUUUAUCGUACUUUAAUUGCACAUUGUAGGAGCAACGGUCAAAUUAUUUUAGCUACAGCCUCCUCUGGUAUAGCAGCAACAUUAUUACCGGGUGGUAGAACUACACAUUCUCGAUUUAAAAUACCUAUCAAUGUCGAGGCCGGUUCGUUUUGUUCUAUAAGUAAACAAUCAGAUCUUGCAAAACUAAUAAAAAUAGCAAAGGCAAUUAUUUGGGAUGAAGCACCCAUGAUUAACAAAUAUGUUUUGGAGGCACUAGAUCGAACAUUAAAGGACAUUCUAGAUUCUGAUGCUCCAUUUGGGGGGAAAGUGAUCAUAUUAGGAGGUGAUUUUCGUCAGGUACUGCCAGUUAUUCAAAAAGGUACAAAAGCACAAAUGAUUUCUUCCUGUAUUAUUAACUCUCAUUUAUGGAGUAACACAAAGAUAUUACAUUUACAACAAAACAUGAGAUCAUUACAAGAUCACAAUUUUGCUGAAUAUCUCAUGCGCAUUGGAGAUGGUAUUGAACCAACACAAGUUGAUGACAUGGUUAAAAUACCCCAACAACUAGCAAUAUCAUGGGAAGGAGAAACCUCAAUACAACACCUCAUACACCAAACUUUUCCUCAGUUACAAUUUCAUACAUGGGAUGCAUCUUAUAUGGCUGAACGAGCCAUACUAACUCCAAAAAAUGAAGAUGUAGAAAAACUUAAUGACAUAAUUAUCGAUCUAUUUCCAGGAGAAGAUCGUAAUUUGUUGUCAUUUGAUGAGGUUGAAGGAGACACAUAUCAUUUAUACCAACAUGAGUACUUACACACUAUUUGUCCAAGAGGUUUGCCACCACAUAACUUAAAGGUUAAAAAAGGAUCACCGUUAAUGUUGUUGCGAAACAUAGACCCUAAAUCUGGGUUAUGUAAUGGGACAAGAUUAUUAUGUCGUGGGUUCUAUAUGAACAUGCUGGAUGUUGAAAUAUUGACAGGUCACCAUGCAGGAAAAAGAGCUUUCUUACCAAGAAUUAAACAUAAAACAACAGAGAGUGCAGGUCUUCCUUUUGUGCUUAUUAGGAAACAAUUCCCUGUGAGAUUGAGUUUUGCAAUUACCAUAAAUAAAUCACAAGGACAAACUAUACCUACCGUUGGAAUUUACCUUCCACGACAUGUUUUUAGCCAUGGUCAAUUAUAUGUUGCUUUAUCAAGAGGUGUUUCUCAAACUUCCACAAAAAUCCUUAUUAAAGAAGGACACCUUGAAGGACAAGAAGGCAUUUUUACCAAGAAUGUUGUUUAUAAGGAAAUUUUGUUAUCUCAAAACUAG